UGAUCAAGUUAAUGCAGCACAAAAAAGUUUAUCAUGUUUAUGGUCUAAAAAAACCCAAACUAAUUUUGGUAUUGCAAUGGGAGUUAUUGGUACCAUUCUUUUGGCUAUUUGUGCAUUUUAUUCAUUGUAUAAGAUAGGAAGUUGGUAUAAAAAAUUAAGAAAAUAUCCAAAUCCAUUUAAAGAUAAAGAUUUUACUUGGCCACAAAAAUUUGAUCGUGCAAUUACUCCAAGAUCGAAAAGAGCGAGAGUAAAAUAUAUUGGAUGUACAGCUAAACAGACAAAACCAACUCUUCCUGAAGUUACUAUCAAAAAACCUAGAGGAAAACCUUACCAAGAUUCUUUUCUUCAUAGAAACUCGACUUAUCGAGGAGAAAUACCAAAGAAAUCACCAUCGAUAACACCAAAAUCAUCAAUAUCAUCAUCAUCAUCAAAAUCAUUAGCAUUAUUUCCACAAUCAGGAUCAACACCAUCAUUAGCGUCAACAAGAUCAUCAUUAUCACUUCCUGAAUCAUCAAUUAAUAAAAUAAAUGAUGUAGCACAAAGCUUAACAAAUUCGAUAUUACAAUGGAAUAUUGAAUCAAAUACAAAAUUAUUUUAAAUUUUA